AGGAAUUUCAGUUGUCAGUUGUAUGAGCCGGUGUAUCUUUAGUGUUACCACGAAGCAUAUGUUUAAAAGUUUACCUCUAACUUGAGUGUUAACACAGGUUGAUGGGCUGUGAACUGAGUGAGGCACUGGAUGACAUAACACAGUGUCAGUAGGUCUAUUUGGAGUCUGUGGCGUCAGGAAGAUUACGCUUCUGCUCAGUUUCUGAUGCAGUGACAUCUAUAGACCAGUAUUCAGAGGAAGACAUGAAGGGCAUAUCAACCUGUGUCACAUAUCCUACCACUAGAAUCAAGACAUGGAAGUAAUCAUGACACAGCAGCAGUAAUCAUCCAGUAGAAGAUGUCCCCAGUGUUAGCAGCAAGCAGUAUUCAGUUUGGUCCAGUGUAUGUGGUGUCCUGUGUGGCUGUCACCCUGAUUCUCGUGGUUCUUUUACUGCUGUGUGUGUGCACAGAGACCAAACAAGACAAGCAACCGGCCAAUGAGUUAGAAUUACAAGAGAAGAGGCCUGUCUCAGCUGAUGCCAACGAUGUUAGAGUCAGUGUGACAGAAGAGGCAGAGACAAAAGAGAAAAAUGGCAGGGUGACCAAUGGCAACGAAUCUCAAAAUGGCAAGAAAACACGGAAUGACUCGAGAAGCUCCCAAAAUGCAGCCACCUUGGAUCGCGCUCUGCCAGCCAUUCCCAUCACCCCACCGUCCGAUGUUUUUCAAGAAGAAGAAGAAGAGGACAGCGAGAAUUACGAUUUGAUUCAACGUGGAGGAGACAAUGCCGCGGACGAAGGAGAAAGUCCUUAUGACCUAGUUGGUACUGACUCGAAGCGGGAAAACCCGUAUGCCAAGGUCAAAGGUGCAAACGGUGGAGGAAAGGACUCAGUUGAUCCAUAUUCCAAGGUCAAGGGGAAAGGAGAAGAUCCUUAUUCCAAGGUCAAAGGUGAAGCAUCUUCAUCCUAUGACCCGUAUUCUAAGGUCAAAGGUGAUCUAGAGAACACGUAUGAGAAAGUUGAGGAUGAUAAGAGAGCUAAAAAUGGAAAGAAAGAGCCGCCAUAUGGUAAAGUGAAAGAACCUGUGAGGGAGCAUCAGUACGCUGAGGUCAAAGGCCAGAGGGAGCAUGUGUAUGCCGAAGUCAAAGACAAGAAAAAGAAUCCCCCAAUCGCAGCCUUUGGGGACUCAAAUGACAUUGAUAAACAUCGAAAAAGACCAACAUCACAACCAGUGGUAUCAGAGUAUGUGGGAGAUCCUGACUACGAACUUCCACCAGUGCCAAUAAAAAACUUUGGUGAGGAGGAAGAUGUGAGCAGUGAUCAAACAGACCCCUCCUCACCACCUAAUGGAGCUGUCAAUCAAACCCUGGCAACUGCCAAUCAAAGUCCCACUCCUCCUCAAGCCCUGCCCUCAGCCCCACCUAUUUCCCCGCCCCUUCCUGCUCCUACUGUCAUGGUAUCUGCAGCUUCAUGGAAUGGUGAAGUGGACACAGAUCCAUCUUACACUAAAGUGACGGCCAGGGAAUCUUUGGCAAGUAUACGAGCUCGUGAAGCCCAGAGAGAGGCUAACGAGGAAGAUUUUUACGAGUCUGUGACAGACGCUGAUGAUUCUGUAGAAGAUGACUACUGUAAGGUUAAUGACACAGAUCUGCCGCCCCCUAUCCCCACCACGGAGAGGAGUCCUCUGGCCAAGUCCAAGCAUCUGUUUAGGGAGAGUGUGACCAGUGACCUGUAUGCAGAAAUAGCUCCAUCAGGCUCUACGCGGAGCUCUGCAUAUGCUUCUGUCAGAGGAACGAAGGAAGAUGAAGAAGAGGCAGAGGACUCCUCAGAACCUGGCUAUUCAAAAAUCAAACACAAGCGGCCACACACAGCAUUUGAAUUUCCCACAGCUCCCACGGCUGCUGCAGCAAAAAGUGAAGGUCACAAUCAAAACAACUCGUUCCUGUACGCCAAAGUGGACAAGAAAACAAAAAAUAGAGACAAGCUAGAACCUGUAAACGGCACAAACACUGCAACAAAAAUUUGCGAUGUGUCGGAACCAGAUCCGUAUGAUAAUAUCAGCCCGAGUUAUCUGAUGGAACCAGGACCAGUGUUACGUUGUGUUGAGAAUGGGGCAAACAACGAUGACAUCAACACAGCUGAUGCUGGGUAUCAAACUGUGACUGAUGUAUUUGGAGGUCAAGGUCAAGAGGAUGACCUUGACAUUGACCCCAAUUAUGCCACUAUGGGUGACACAGAGGGAUUGGGACCUUCACCCCAACAGAGUCAACCUAUUAAUGAUUCAAACCCAAAGCAUCAAAAUAAGCAUUUAUCAAAGACUAAAACAGCUGCAGAGUCUUCUGUCCUGCCUCCGGAUGAAGAACCACCAGAGGGCAUGAUUCACAUUAGCCAAGCUAAGCUCAGUCCCACACCUCUGACCAAAAGGCCAGUGCAGCAUGUGUACCAGGAGAUCGACAUGAAGGGGGAGGUGGAGCCCCCUGCUACACACCUAUAGGUGUCACCACGGUCAUCAAACAUGACACAGUGGUGGGAAUUUUUCUCUUCUUAAUUUUGAGUUGUGAAAACUUGAUGUGGAACUUUCAGUGUCAUUUUCUUUUUCAUCCUGUAGCUGUCACUUUAACAUAUCCUUUUACCAACCUCAAGGAGAUGUUUCUGUGAAGGACUUUGAAACGACUGUUCAUGUAACUGUUGUAGACAUAUAUGGCACAACAAUACAUGGCACUGUUGUAGCUAUAGACAUCUAUUACACACUUAAAGGUGUCAUUCCUGUAGAUAUUUUAGCGAGUGCUGCACUGCAUUGAUAUUGUGGUGUUAACUGAAGUGAUUUAAAUCAUUUACAGACUGCAACGUAGUUUUUAAGAAAUGUUUGGAUAUGAUGUCAUGGAAGUAUUAUGUAUAAUGGGUGUGCAUUGGCUCCUUUUUGCAUUUGUAAUAUCACGAGGGAAGAAAUAUUUUACAUUUUUUUAAUUAUGGGACAAAUUUAGAAAUAAGUAUAGAUAUCUCUUUUAUUCUAUAAAUAGAUUAAGAUAUCUCUUUUAUUUUAUUUCUCUAGGUAUACAUAAUGCACAUAUUUAAUUCGUUACCNCAAUGUAGACUAAAAAGAACAAUCAUUUUUGCGUGUUCAGUAUGUUUAUAGUUGUUACAUAAGCAGCUGUGAAGUAAUUGGAAUGAAGCUUCUUUGCUUUUAGAUGUGGCUAAAUUUUCCAUUAUUUAAAAAAGCACACAUUUUCUAUUUUUGAUGAUGCAUAUUAGUUGGUUUUAUCAAAAAGGCCGAAUGGCUUUAAGUAGAACAGGGUGAGUGAGCCUUGUUAACUGUAAUAUAGUAAGCAGUAUGUAUAUAUUGUAUUGAUGUAAUGAUCACAUAUUAUUUAUUUAUGCAAGCACUUAACUGUGGCUUAAUUUACAUAUUCCUGGUGCCAUUAAAGAUAGUAGAAAUAGUGCAUGUUUAUUGACAGCAGUAAAACUCUCCAAGUUGCGGAAUAAUAGAAAGAUUCAGGGUUACAACCCCUAAAUUUCCUAACUUGCAGAUGUGUUUCCACCCCACCCACUCCUCCCUGUAAUAUCUACCCCUCCCCGCAAGUAUAACCUUGGAUCCACUGGAGAGGAGAGUUUUGUAGUUUUGUAUAACUUUUAUGGCUACAUUUGUAUGGGUUGCUUAUAUUUAUAUUGGCUCUUAGCCACUGCGGUGCAGCAAAAGCUCUCUUAGAAUGGAUCAUCUACUUUUCUUUUACUCAGAAUGAUGUAGUAGGUUGCUAGCUUUAAUGUUACCACAUGUGGUGCGUCUUUAAGUUACAGGGGCGAGUUUGUAAGUCAGUCAAAAAAACAAUGAAAAGGACCCGUUUUAAACUGUAUUUAUUUCAUGAAUGGGACAAAAACAUCUUGUAAGGGUAAACUACUGAUACCGUAAUACAAGUCCAUUGUGUCAGUCGGCUAUUUCCCGUUAGUAUUUCGCUCCCUAUACUUUUACUAGCUUCAGGCUGCGUUGAACGUUGUGCAAUAUUGUCGCUUGUUGUUUUUGUCUGUUUUGCUUUGAGAGCAGCAAAAUAUAGUUAUGUUCACGUCAACACUGCAUUUAUGUCGAUAGGUGUUAGUAAUAGAAAUACAAAUUCCAGAAAUGUAAAACAAUGAUUUUUUUAUUAUUAUUAUUAUUUUG